AUGUCGGUGAUGAACAAGAGAGAGAGAGAGGAAGGAAAGGAAGAAAAGGGAGGACGAGGAGCGGGAGAGGGCAGGGUAGAUAAAGGGAUUUUUUGGAAGGCUAAUAUGGCCCUUGAGCAACGACGGCUUCCCACAGCGCCAACAAAGCAUCGAGGCAGAGCAAACGAGCCCUGCGCCGAUGCUUACUGGCCACAGCCCCUGGAAGUGUGCCUGAUAGAGACUGCCUCAAGUCGUCCCUCCUGUCUCUCCUGCUGGUCUAAUUGCUCUGCACUCGGUAAGCACAGCUGGAGGAGAAUUUCCUCGCGUCAUAUUUUUACGUUGCUUACGGCGGGAUGGCUGGCGGUGUGUGUGUGGAAGGAGCAGGCUGGUGCGACUGCUGAGCAAGAGGGCAAAGUCAGCGUUAGGGAGAAAAGAUCCUGCAAAGGGGAUUUUUUAGGAUGUUCUGAAACCCGGAUCGGCCGCAUAUCACUUUGUAAGAAUAUGUUCCUGCACCGUCAUCCACUCAGCAUCCGCGCUGCAAGCCACUCAUCUCGCAGGCCUGCCAAUAACAUCACGAAAGACCACCGUCCACCGCGAGUCCCUCGACUUAAAUGUGGGUUUGCAUUUUCUUAUCGUGGAGUCCCUGUUUUGGAGGCUAUUUUCGUUUCUUACGUGGAGGAUAAGAGACUGUUCUGGCUAUCUCUGGCGGUCUCUCUGGCUCUUGGUGCGAGUUCGUGGCGAUGGAGAUUCGGAACCAGAGGCCAGAGACCAGAGACCGAGAAGAUCAUGAACCAGGCAGGCGAACAGGGGCCUCAACCAAGAAAUCGGGCGCCUUGA